AUAAGAAGAUGAACAAUUUUUUCCCACAAUUUUUCAUCUUCUCUGAAUUUUUUACAGUGAAACUGAAAAAUCACAUCGUGUGCAUCAUACUGAUAAAGAUGUUAGGUAAACAGUUUAAAAGUUGCAAGCGCUGGGAAAAAUUAUCCGAAAGUAUUGGAAAGGAAAAAUGGGGAGUGUGGCGUGGAAGCAGCUUCUUCUGAACGCUUUGGAAUCAAACGCUCACCUUAAACACUCUUCUUUCAUGCAACUCGCAACCAUAGGAACCAACGGAACACCUUCGAACCGCACUGUCGUUUUCAGAGGAUUCCAAGAUAAUACUGAUAACAUCCAAAUUAACACUGAUGCUCGCACUCGCAAGAUUGAAGAGCUCAAGCUUUGCCCCUCUGCUGAGAUUUGUUGGUAUUUUACGGAUUCCUGGGAGCAAUUUCGGAUAAACGGGAAUGUAGAUAUCAUCGACGGUUCGAAUGCUGAACCCCUAAAACUUGAGCAAAGAGAAAAUUCUUGGUUUGCCAGUUCAUUGAGAUCAAGGUCGCAAUAUUUGUGCCCCAACCCUGAACUUCCCUGUCUACAUGAGCAGGCUCAGCCUGAUAUAUCAUUAGAUCCUUCUACAGGUCCAAUUGAUGCUUUUUGCCUUCUGAUCCUAGAACCGCAUCAGGUUGAUUACUUGAAUCUUAAGAGUAACCAGAGGCUAACAUUCAAAUCAAGUGUGAGUGCUGCAGCAGAGAAAAGCUGGACUGUGGAGAGGGUCAACCCAUAAUCUGUUUUCUGUCAGUGUCGUGUUCCUAUUUCACUGCAGACAACAAAUGAAGUUCCGAGGGUAUAUGAUAGAGGAUUUGAGGGAAUGUAUAGUUAUAUAUUCAUUUUGCAGUGGCCACUGGAUAUUCGUGCAGCCCUUUGAAGGUUGCGUUGCGCUCGUUCAAUAAGCUUAGUAAGAUGGGGUGUGGAUUAGCCUCGUGUGUGUAGCAUCAUAUCAGUGUAGACAUCUCAAUUGGAACUAGUAUAGAGGUGGAACCUUGGAGAGAACAGGAGUCACUAUUAGUAUUUAUCACUUUGAUUUCAAGUAAUAUUAAUAUCUUAUUUUUAUUUCAGAA